CUGGAUCCUGCUUUAAUUUUGUAUUCAUCCAGCUGUGGUAACACUGUGACUCAGAUUUCUAAAAAAAACAAAAACAAGACAAAAGGAAUCAAAGAUAAUUAAAUCCAAAAAGUGCGCCAUUUUCCCGCCUUUAGAAUGCUUGAGAACUGCCAACGGCAUCAUAUGCUCCUAGGACUAGGAGCACUGACGGUGGUUACCAUCCUAGUCCUCUUCGUGGAAUCCCGAUAUGCCGCAGAAGGACCUCGGCGCCGGGAGCCGCAGUUCGUCAUCGAGGACAACUCGACGUGCUGGCGGAACGAGAAGUACAAAGUGGUGGAGGAGUGUCACCCGUGCUCAGAGUUCGACAUUGUCAGCCGGAGCCUGGGCGUCUGCAUCCACACGCACUACAAGGAGGUGCUGCGCUGCCAGAGUGGGGAGAUAGUGACCAGGAGCUGCGACAGGGUAGCGCUCAUCGAGCAGAUGAACUUCCUGAAAUUUGAGGUGCUGUGUUUUGUGAUCGGACUACUGAGCUACCUGGUUAGCUACGCGCGGGAUCGAAUCCUGUCCAGGCGCAACUACAUGAGAAUUGAGCGACAGCUGAACCGGGUGCAAUAACCCCAGGCCCAGCCUUUCCGUUCCCCAAGUGAUACUCAUUGAUCGUACGGAAGGUAUAUUAUUUAAUUUAGUUUAAGUACAUACACUUUGGAAAUACCAUGUUAAAA